AUGAGUAAAACAAAGAAUAAGCCUCAUUACCAACAAGAGACACCAACUUUAUCUUCCCCUCUAUCGCCUAAUACAAAUAUAUACCAGGAUGAAGAUGAAGUACCUUAUCUUGCAGAAGCAAUGCCAGUAGAUUAUUCGUCAACAUAUAAUUCAUAUAAUUAUAAUUCUCAACUUCAACCACCUUCCUCACCCACUUCUCCUUCUCACUCAAUACCGUCUUCUCGUAACCUUCAUCAUCAUCAAUCUUUUUAUCCAUAUAAUAAUAAUAUGAUCUCAGAACCAGUUAAAGACUUAAAACUUUGUCUUGAUGGAGAAAAUAAAGACACAUUUGUGUUUGUACCUGGUUUAUUAAGUUAUGAUACAAUCGAAUUACCAUUACCUGGUGGGAAAUCUUGGACAAUCGCUGAUAAUUGGAGUGAUGUUAAAGAAAUGAUUGAUGAUCCGUUAAUUGUUAGUCCGAAUCCUUUCGGUUCCGUUCACGAUCGUGCAGUACAAAUUUAUUAUCAGAUCAAAGGUGGACAAGUUGAUUAUGGACUGCAACAUUCGCAUAAUUUUUGUCAUAAACAAUUAGGUGCAACAUAUGAAGGCUUGAUGCCUGAUUGGAGUCCAGAUAAUCCUGUAGUUUUAAUUGGUAAAGGGUAUGGAGCAACAACAGCACUUCACCUUCAACAUCUUCUCUCGACCAAUUUUUUUGGUCAACAUACUUCAGGAACGAUGAUUAAAGGAAUAAUUUGUUUAUCUGCACCUCAUCGUGGUUCCACGCUUCCUUAUUAUCUUGGUCUCGUACCUGGAUCAAAAUGCCAUGUUAAUACAAUCUCAAUCCUUCAAUUCUUUUUAUCAAUAAUUCAUUUGAUUUGUUAUUUUACUUUCCUUCAAAGAAUUUUUGAUUUUCAAUUAAAUGAACAAUGGGGUCUCUCUUCAAAAUCUAAAGGAGGUGAACAAUCGUUAUGGAAUGCUAUUACCGCACGUAGCAGAUUUUCUUAUUUCGGGGAUAAUUUCUUAUUAGAUUGGUCAGUAGAGGGAGCUAGACAACGUUAUGCCGGUGAUGAAAAAGAUAAACAUCAUUUAGAUGAUCAUUGUGUAUACAUAAAUUAUGUGACAACUGGUCAUUCAUGGAGAUCAAAAGUAACGGGACAUUUUUGGCCACGAUUAACUUGGAAAAACCUCCAAACUUCUAUAAUUUCUACUUUACUUGGUCAGUACAAAUUUACACCCGAGGAAGAACAACAAGUAUUACGUACUCAAUCUUCUACUUUUUGGCAAAAUGAUGGAACUUUACCUAUUUAUAGUCAAUGCCCUCCACCACAUCAAAAAGUUUUAAUGAAUAUUUCAUUGGAUGAUCAACUUUAUGAUCCUUUAAAGCAUGAAAUUCAACCUGGAAUAUGGUACAAUGUUUAUGUUGAAGAUUUAUCAAAAACAAUCUUAUUCGAUGAUGUUCCAUUUUUAUUUACUCAAGGUUUAAGUGAUUUAUCAAUCAUCAAAAAAAUUGGUCAAUUCUCAUCCAAUUAUAAUGAUACAUUCGAAAAUUAUUAUGUUUUAGGAAUAGAAACAUUAGAAAAAAUAACCAUCAUAAUUAAAAAUAAAAUUGAAAAACGACAAAGUGAUAAAGCUGGAUCAGAAUGGACUCAAAAGAUUGAAACAAUGGAACUUAUUAAUAGUCCUAGUAAAUUGCUUUGGUGGAUGAAUCGAUUUCAAAAAAUGCAAGAAAAUUCUGGAUCUAAUAAUAAAGAAAAAGGAGAUGGAACAUCAUCAACAACAACUUCAUUCGCCACUGCACCAUUUAUGCCUGGUCCAAUGUUUGUAAGAGACAAACGUAAAAUGACUGUUGAAGAUUAUAGUGCUACCAUAAUGAAUGGAAAUGCUGGUGGAAUUAUAUCAAGUUCUAUUAUAUCAAAACCGAAUGGCAAACAAAAAAAUCAAAAUAAUUCUCAACAAGAAAAUAUAAAAUCUAAUAAUGUUAAUAUUAAUACCACUGGACGUAAUCAACAAAUACAAGUUUAUCAAAACGGUGAUUCAAACGAUAUAACAACUACUGAUGUUGAUGCUCAAUUUAUAAAUCCUAUUUCUUUUUUGAAUACUAUGCAUCAAAAGUUAAAAACCACCGCUCCACCUGAAUAUUCAUUCUCUCAUGAUUCCGUAACUGGUCAAUUUUAUUGUCAAGUUCAUUUCUGUGGUCAAACCUAUCAAAAUCAAAUUGCCAAACCUAAAAAACAAACUGCAAAAGAAGAAGUAGCAUGUAUCGCUAUGAGAGAUCUUUCUAUUAGAAUGCCAGAUAUUACUAAUCAAAUUCGGGCAGAAUUAAUUCGUGCUCAAAUUUCUUCUCAAAAAAAACUUGAACCAAAAUCAAAGUUAUGGUAUGAUAAACAACAACAACAAGCUGCAAAUAAUAGACAAAAAAAACGACCAUGUGUUCUUCUUUUAGAAUUUUGUCAAAUGCAUAAAUUGGGUCAUCCGGUUUAUGACAUUAGAGAUGAUGGUAGAGGGAAUUAUUUAUUCAAUUGUACAAUUAAUGAUCGAACCUUUACUCCGGAAGUCGCAUUUUGGCAAAAGAAUGAUGCCAAAGAUCACGUUUCUACAAUAGCUUUUAAUGUUUUAUUUAAAGAAAUUUUUCCAACUUACGGUAAUGUUAUGGCAAUGUAUCCUCCAAAUGAUGGUGUAUAUAUUGCUAAUAAUAUGUCUCUCGUACCAGCGAAUUAUGUGUUUACAAAUAAUGGAAAUAAUGGACAAAAUCAUGCACUAAUUCCAAGAAAUUCUUGA